GCGCUCAACCCUUUGUUUGUUUAUUUCAUCCCAUCUACUGACUCAUCCCGCGAAUAUACCUUGUCUGCCCUUGUCUCCACCUCGCCAUGAGCGUCACCACCAGCUCCCCCAACGUCGAACCGCCUCCGCUUCUCUUCGGCCAGCGCUCCCCUUCGCCGCCUUCCUUCUCCUCGCCGCCCCAAUCACCAAAUCACAUACACCACUCCCAAACACCUCUUGCGUCUCCGCCCCCACAACCAGCCGACGACGUGGACAUGAGUGCUUCAACCACACUACCGCCUCUCGAGGGCCAAAACCACGACCGGGACAUCCCAAUGGAAGUGGAUGGAGAUGCUCUGCCGAACGGUACUGCGGGAGAGGGAACACAACCGGGAGCUUCAAUACCGACAAACGGGGUGCCCGAGGCGGCCACUGCUGAUGACGACGCUAUGGACACAACGCCGGAUGGCACACAAGAGGAACAGCUUCCCAAUGGCUCAACUGAUGCCCCGGGGGCUCUUGAGCCUCCGGUCGCUGCUCCGACACAAAAUGGCGUUGAUCAAGACGAUCCAACAUCCCAAGAACGACACUCUACCCCACCCGUUGUGAACGAAAACCUAGUACGACUAAAUUCAAAUGGCAGCUCGGUAGCAUCCGCAGUUGACCCUCCCCCACCACCAGAAGGCACCGUGGCCCCGGUUGAGCCUCCGCCUCCCAUUGCGGAUCCAAAUGCCGAACAGCCCCCACCUCCACCUGCUGAACCUCCCACCGAUGUCGCUGACUCGUCUGAUGAUGAUGAUGGUGCUCAGCCCUGGCAUCCGAUCAUUGAAGAUACAUCAGUGCCAGAUGAAGGUGAGCUGAAGGAGAUUGAGGAGGGUGGGGAGGUUAGCGCUUUAGAUCACGAGCAUUGGGAAGAGAAGACGUUCCUGCCCCUCGAGGAGACUGAGUACGUUGCUGGUCAAACUGGCCGCAUCGAUUGGGUUGUAGACAACUAUAACGGUACUAAGGAAACCCCGAACCGGGAUCUUGUCAUGAAGUCACAAAUAGUGACAGUUGGAGGAUACGAUUGGCAAAUAAAGUUCUAUCCCAAGGGCAAUGACUCGGAUUACCUGAGUAUAUAUGUCGAGUGCGUUAGCGUAGCAAAGGAGGAGGAGAAAGAGAAGACUCGAACUGACGAGACCGCGGACAAGCCCGAUGAAGCAAGUUCAGAUGAGGUGAAAGCUCCAUCUGAUGACGAGAUGGCCACAGACGAUGUUCCGGAGCCUGCUCCGCUAGCGUCUCAGCAUGCGCCUCAGCAUGCGCCUCUCCCUCUGCUCGUAGAGAAGCCCCCUCCAAAACGUCCGAGCGUCGCUGCCCAAGUUUCAGUCGUCCUAUACAACCCGACCGAACCACGAGUAAAUUAUGUCCGAACUUGCCUACAUCGAUUUUGCACUGGCUCGCCAGAUUGGGGAUGGACUCGGUAUCAUGGACCGUACUACGAGAUCCAACACAGGCAGCGUGGCCAGCGCCAAGCCUUACUUCGCGAUGAUAAGCUUGCCUUUACUAGCUACAUCCGAGUAAUUGACGACGAAACCGCGUGUCUCUGGGAACAUCACAGCCGAGAUAAUCCAUGGGACAGCUUUGCCAUGACCGGCCUUCAAGGACUAAGUCUAGGCGAGACUCAAAUCACUCCAGGUGGCAACCUUAUCUCUGCAAUCGCGUCGUGGAUGCUUUUCAAGCCCUUCCGUCAAUUUUUGUAUCAAUUCAAAGUACCAGACUCCCUCAAGGAGCCUUUCGUGCGGCCAAAGCUUCUGAUUGCGGCAUUCCAAAAAGUACUGUAUCUGCUGCGGACACAGGUCAAGCCGGGCGCUGGACCCGUUGGGCUGGAGGACAUCAUCGAUGCUCUCGAGUGGUAUGGCAUUCAGGACGGUUUCGACAAGAUGGAUGUCAUUGAAGUCUGGGAGACACUGCGGCUUAAGAUGGAGGACGAGCUGCAAGAUACCCCGUACGCAUCCGUCUUCGACGAGCUAUUCGGCAAGAAGAAAGACUAUGUUACUGGGAUCCCAAGCUACAGGGCCCCAGUGCAAAGUGCCUCUACAAUGCAAGAAGCAAUUGCCAAUUCCACCGACUUGCUGCAUCCUGGUCAGUCUCUACCACAGCUGCUGACUGUAGAGCUUGACCGACAAGCUUUCGACAAGAAUUCGCGGACGUGGCUCAAAUUGGUCAACAAGAUCACUCUGGACGACAAUAUUACCGUUCGGGGCGUGAGCUACACACUUUAUGGAAUGGUGGUACACAAGGAGAACCUCCAAUCCUACCUUUACCACCCCAUCAUCCGACCAGAAGGGCCGAAUAGCAAAUGGUACAGCUAUACGGACAGCAAAGAUGAGAACCGGGUACUUUGUCUGACAAAACGACAAGCAGUAGACGCACACGAGGGCAAAGCCGGCUCGGGGAUGAACGGAGGGAAGGACCCAGUAGCAUACAUUGCCAUGUAUGUACGGAAUGACGUAGCAGACCUCGCAUUUGACAGCAGCGGCCAAGACGAGGCCUGGGACGUGCCAGCAUGGCUUUUAGAUGAAGUCAAGAAGGCUGAAGCGACCACAGCUCCUCCGCCGCCAGCGCCAUUCGGUGGCUUACCAGCGCCACCAGCGGCACCCAAGACUGAUGCAGAGAAAGAAGUCGAGGAGAGAGAAAAGGAGGCACAAGCCACAACUCAUGAAUUUCACGUUAUUGAUUCGAGGGCAUUCAUGGAGCAUGAGGGGCCGGGAACGAUUGACGCGUACGAUCCAAAGUGGACUCCCGGAAAUUCGAAACUUGUCUACACAGUACAGCUCAAGUCCACCGACGGGUGUAAGGAGGUGCGGGAUAAGCUUGCGGCGGUAGUCCAAGACAUCAAGGAUCCCCGGCAGAUCAAAUUCUGGUUCUCGGACGCUCUACGGGGAUCAGUCUACCGACCGCAUUUGAUGGGUACUGGAAAGAUCGAGUACUCCAGCGGUAGCAACGAUCACUUCGAUGAAAAGGCAGAGGCGUGGUCGCUGAAGGACAUCGAAGACAGCUGGUCUUACUAUCGUAUCUGGAUUCACGUCCUUGACUUUGAGAGUCUGCCUGAGCUACCAGUCGAGGAGCCGCCAAAAGAACCAGAGCCCACUCAACCACCCCCAGAAGCCUCCGCUCAACCUGAAGCCCCGUCCCAACCAAGUGUUGAAGAGAUUCCACCACCGACUGAUGAGAGUGUCGCCCCGCCUGAGCCUCCUGCGGCACCCGUGCCAGAGGCCAUUCCCGAGUCGGAGGAUACGCCUAUGAGCGAGCCUGAUGAGCCCGAACCAGCGGCAGAAGAAUCGCCCGUCGCCCCGGUAGUCGAAGAAACACACCCGGACGAGGCCAUGGAAAUUGAGGCUGCUAUCCAUGCCUCUCUGACAGAAGCAACUGCCACGGAGCCGCCCGCGGUGGAAGUCGUAAUCCCUAUUCCGCCUCCGCCAACAGACACCGAAAUGGGCGGAACCGACGCACUCCCACCGCCUCCCCCACCGGCUCAGUUUACACAACCACCACCGCCUCCACCCCCAGCACCCGAUGAAAUUUACUUUUUCCUCAAGUUUUUUGACGCCGAGGCCCAAACCCUCACACCCCGGGGCUCGCACAUCGCCGUCAAAUCUGCCCGCGUGGACCAAACAAUUCUCUCGCUCCUCUCCCUUCCCCCCGACACCUCCCUCGAGCUCCACGAAGAACAAGAACUAACAACGACCCACCCCCUCCGCCUCCGCCGCUCAUUCUCUCAAAACGACCUCCACAACACCGCCAUCAUCAUCGCCACAGUCCCCCUCACCGAAGAGCAGCGCGCUGCCCUCGCCACCCGCGCCGCCUUCGCAGAGCCCCAGGCCUACCUCGUCCACCGCGCUCUAGUCCGCAACUUCCCGCACAAAGCAACCGGCCACUUCACGUUGAACUACUUCUCGGCGCAAAUGUACAAAGGCGAUCUCGUCAACGGCCAUAAGCACGGCCAUGGCACGCGCAUCUACCACACCGGUGCCGUCUACAGCGGCUCCUUCCGCCUCGGGCUGCGCCACGGCCACGGGCUGUUCACGUACCAGAAUGGCGACACCUACGACGGAGAAUGGGUCGCGGGGCAGCAGCACGGCACGGGCACGUUUGUCGAGGCGAGUAGCGGCAACACGUAUGUUGGUGGGUGGAAGAACGAUAAGCGGUUUGGGGAGGGGGUGACGCAUUGGAAAGUCGCGCAGGAGACGGAGCGGCUGUGUCGCAUCUGCUGGGAGGAUGCGGCCGAGGCGGCGUUUUAUGAUUGCGGGCACGUGGUUGCUUGUUUGAGCUGUGCGAGGCGGGUGGAUAAUUGUCCGGUCUGUAGGCGGAGGGUGCUGGCGGCGAUGAAGUUGUUUUAUGUGAGUUGAGGCUGAGGGGUAGGAUUGAGAGAGGGUUGAUUACGAUUGCGGAAGUGCAAAUUGGAGUAUACGAUCUUUUCUUUUUGUUUGGUAAAGUUGGUGCAGAGUUUCGGGGCUUUUUUGAGCAUGGGAUUUGGGAGCUGGAUGG